CACUUUUCGCCUGUUCCGUCAGGGACUCUCUGUUGUGUUUUUCAUUUAUUCUUGACAUGCUCUUCCCUGCUUCGGAGUUUGCUUCCCCUUUCAAGUCCCGACCCUCUUUAGAAAGCCCUUCUACUCUGUGAAUCCAUGAUGAUUUCUACUUCCCUCUUUUUCCUACAACCUCAGUUUGGUACAACUGUUAUUUACUGAAUAACUUGUAUUGGUUAAGCACCCUGCUAGUUCCUGAACUCAAUAACUUCACGAUAUAGUGAGAAGUCAGCCAUGUAGACAGAGUGUUAUGGAAUGUUAUAGAAGUGUAUAUAAAAGGUACAGAAGAAGAAGAGAAAGUUUUUAACUCCAUUCCAGCAUCUGCAUAUGUUUACAUGUAGGAUAAUAUCUUCCUUAGCCCACAUCAUUGCAAUAGCAGUGUUAUACUUAGGCAAAUUUUCUAGAUUACUGAAGCUUAACUCUUUACCCCGUAUUACCUGUGUAUUAAAAAAAAAGAAAAGAAAAGAAAAGAAAAGAAAACAGUUGCCAUUGAGUUGAUUCCAACUCAUGGCGACUCCAUAGGUGUAUACUGUGGAUAAAUGCAUAUAUUGUGUUGAUCUUCAUCUUUCAUGCUAGAAGAAUUCUGUUUCACAACCAGUAAAGCCAAGGUUGAGGUCACUCUAGUAGCUUUCUCUACAACUGCAUAUCAUCUCUCUAAAUUGUUGGUCUUAACCUUUAAGCCCUUGAAAUAUUCCCUUCCAAAUUAGGUUUACCUUCUCUAGUACUGUUUUCCCUUCACCUCACUUUUAACACGGGUACCUGCUUUUCUUUUAUGGGCUAAUUUCUUACCAUCUAUAAUGUUGAAUCAAGGAGAAAAAUGUUAAAUUCCUAUUAAUUUUUGAGACUUAAUUCUUUUGUGCUAUACAGGGAAACCAACUUUGUAUGGCAGCCUAACAUGUCAAGGAAUUAGCCUAGAUGGCAUCCCAGAGGUUACAGCUUCAGAAGACUUUAUUGUGAAUGAAAUAAACAAGGUAGGUUUUUAUGUCUGCUAGGCAGCACUGUAUAUUGUUAUAUGAUCUUGGGCAAUAAACUUUGUUCUCUGAGUCUCAGUUACCUCAUUCAUAAAAUGAAAAUAAUAUCCCACUUUAUAGAUGGUUAACGGGGAAUGAGACUGCAUGUGGAUAAAACUGUAAAUACAAAAGUGAUAUUUUAUGGUUUUAUCCAUAUGUAGUCUCAUUGUAACGAUCCUGUGAGAUUGACGUUUUAAAUUUCCGUUUUGCAGAUAAGCAAACUGAGACUCAGAGAGGUUAAUUAAGCCCUAAUAAUCAGCUCCUUCAACUGUGUGCCAGAAUUGAAACCCAGUUCUUUUGCUUCAAGUUUAAGAUCAUCUUGCAAGCCUACAUUUUUCCCCAGGUGUUUUGCCAGUAUCCACCUGCAGCCUAGGUGCUGACUUCCUUUCUUCCCUUCAUACUCAGGCCGUGACACAAUCCUUAUCUCUUCCAACAUCAUUGCUAAUUUCUGCUGUGUACCUGCUGGGUUCAGACAAAAAGCAUUCAUAUUUCAUGUUUAAAGGAAAAUUCAUCUUCUAAGUUUUUGGCACCAUAUACCUCCUUUUCCAGAAUUCAUACAAAAAGUAUAACAUGCCUGGACAUUUCCAGUGGAGGAGGCCUUGGCGUGUCUUCUAGUACCGAUGGGAGCAUGAAGAUCUGGCAGGCUUCCAAUGGAGAACUCAGAAGAGUAUUGGAGGGACAUGUGUUUGAUGUGAAUUGUUGUAGGUUUUUCCCAUCAGGCCUUGUGGUUCUGAGUGGGGGAAUGGAUGCCCAGUUGAAGAUCUGGUCAGCUGAAGAUGCUAGCUGUGUGGUAACCUUCAAAGGUCACAAAGGAGGUGUCUUGGAUACAGCAAUUGUUGAUCGAGGAAGGAAUGUGGUAUCUGGAUCUCGAGAUGGGACAGCACGACUUUGGGAUUGUGGGCGCUCAGCCUGCCUGGCAGUCAUUACAGACUGUGGUUCUUCCAUCAAUGGAGUGGCUGUGGGUGCUGCUGACAACUCCAUAAACCUCGGCUCCCCUGAGCAGACGCCCAGUGAACGGGAGGUUGGAACUGAGGCGAAAAUGCUGCUGUUGGCCCGGGAAGAUAAGAAGCUUCAGUGCCUGGGACUACAGAGCAGGCAGCCGGUGUUUCUUUUUGUUGGCUCAGAUGCCUUCAACUGCUGUACUUUUCUCUCUGGCUUCUCACUAUUGGCUGGGACACAGGAUGGGAACAUUUAUCAGUUGGAUGUGAGGAGUCCAAGGGCUCCAGUACAAGUUAUCCACAGAUCAGGAGCACCAGUUCUCUCCUUGCUCAAUUUCAGAGAUGGAUUCAUUGCGAGCCAAGGUGAUGGAAGCUGUUUCAUUAUCCAGCAAGAUUUAGACUAUGUAAUUGAGCUCACUGGACCUGACUGUGACCCUGUGUACAAGGUAGCUACAUGGGAGAAGCAGAUCUACACUGCCUGUCGAGAUGGCCUUGUGCGACGCUAUCAGCUUUCUGACCUUUGACCCCUUGGAAAGAGAAGUCCCCAGCUAGUGAAAAGAUUGAUGCUGAUCAAGAAUGAGCAGACACAGCAUCAGUCCUUACCAAGGACCAUAGCCCUUUAUUGACUUGGGUAUCCCUUGGAAGUCAUAGACACUCAGCUGCACUGGUCCAUGUGGAACUGUCAUCUUAUGAUGAGAACUACUUUGAACUGAGUAAGAAGUUCGUAUGUGCUCAUUGCCUUUGCCCCAAUUUCUCCUUGUGUAAACUCACCCCAGCAACAUAAGACAAGGAUAUGGGUGCUUACAGUUUGAUCUCACACCAAUUUUGUUAGAUGUUUGUAAGGACCAGAUGACUGAAGUCUGUUCUCUGAAGGAAAUAAAGGAAAUGUGUCUGGAGAGGCCUGAAUUUGAAAACUCUCUUAAACUCUCAUUCCAGCAAAAAGUCAGCCAAGCCAGUGGAACUCGUUUCAUAAGCACUCCUUGUUGGCUUAGCCGUAGAGAAGGACUUCUUGGCAGUAGUGGUAAAUAUCCCAUAAGCAGCAACCUGGGACAGAUUUAGACUGUUAACGUCUUACACAGGUAGUGUGACCAACCACCCCAGUUUGCCUGAGACUGAGGGGUUUUCUGUGACAUGGCACUUUCAGUGCUAAAACUAGGGUGGUCCCAGGUAAACCGAUGUGAUUGGUCAGCCUAUAUACAGGUGGAGAAACUGAAUCACAAUCAGUGUAAAGGCAGUGGUUGUCAAAAUGUAGGCCCUAGACCCAUGCCAUAAUCACCUGUGAACUUCUUAGAAGUAGAAAUUCUUGGGCCCCAUCCCAGACCUGAAUCAUAAACUAUGGGUGGGUCCAUCAGUCUGUGUUUUAACAAGCCUUCCAGGUGAUUCUGAUGACAGCGAAGCUUGAGAACCACUGACCUAGAGGAAAGGAUGGCUAGGGGCACUUUAGACAUAGCUGGAACUUAAGACUCAUAGGAUGGUAAGGUUGGUCUAUAGGAUACGAGGCUGGAGAAGUUGGGAGAACCCAAAUAGUGAAGGGGUUUGAAUGCCAGGUAAGGAGCUUAGACCUCAUUUGGUCAGCAGUGGGGAACCACUAAAGGUUUAAGCAAAGGAAUGACAUAGUUUACUUUGUUUUUUCUCCCUAAAUAUAAAAAUGUAAUCAUAAUAUAUGUAUUCUGUGGCUUAUUUUCACCUACUAUCUCUGAGAUCUUUCCAUCUCAGUACGUUUAGACCUUCCUCAUUUCUUUCUAACAAUUUUUAGGGUAGGUAUAUCAUAUUAUUUACAUUUUAGGGAUUAUUAGAUGAAAGGUUUCUUGAAGGAUGCAACACUUGAGCUGGGCCAUGCAGGAUAAGAUUUAUAUUUACGUUAGGUAGUGUCUUAGUUAACUUGUUGUUGUUAGGUGACUUUGAGUCGGUUCUGACUCAUAGCGACCCUAUAGGACAGAGUAGAACUGCCCCAUAGGGUUUCCAGAGACCAGCUGGUGG